AUGGGCAAGAGAAGGCUCCAGGAGGAGGCUGAUGAUCGCCGCCGUCGUCGUCUGGGAGAUACGGACGGCUGCCAGAAUGACUACGACGGAUGGAAGCCGCCAGCGGGGAGCUCCGCGCCCCAUCCCGUGGCUCGCGUCGCGAUGAGCACCGUCACUCCCCGAGACUUCUUCGACCGAUACGUCGCGCGUCGUCGGCCGGUGGUGCUCACCGGGGGUCUCGAGGGGACGUGCUGGGAGACCGCAUGGAAAGGAUGGACCGAUGAUGCGCUGGCGACGUGCGCCGCGCGCGACGACAUGGUCAGGGUCGAGACACGGAGCUCGGUGACCGGCGCGUACGGAGUUGGCAAGUACGAGACGAUGAGGUUCGGGGACUUCGUCCAGCGCUUCAGACGCGGCGAUGAGACGUGCUACCUGACCGCGUCGCCCGCGGCGGUGGACGCGCAAGGCCGCCCGCAGGUCGCCGCGCCGCCCGCGUCCAGACUCCUCGGGGAUGCCAACGGUGGGCCCCCGUUCAGGCCCAAAAUCGCGGGCAAACUCGUCCCGGCGAAUGUCAACGUGUGGAUGGGCGCGAGCGCCGACGGCGCCUCCUCGGGGCUCCACCACGACCACCACGAUAACCUGUACGUCCUACUGAGGGGAACCAAGCGUUUCGAGCUGUACGCGCCCUCGGAGAUUUGUUCCAUGUACACCGUCGGCGCCCCCGUCGCGGUGCAUCGCAACGGUCGGAUCAACUACGAGGAGAGCGGUCGGACCCGCGCCGACGGCGACGACGGCUCGGUCGCGGCCAGGGUCGCGGCCGGCGCCGUGAACGCCGCGUACGCGGAACUGGAGGCUGCCGAGUCGGCGAUGGCGAACGGGGAGGAGGGCGGCGCGGCGCGGGUCGAGGCUGCGGAGAGGGCUGUGGACGCAGCGAUGGACGACGCCGCUUUUACCGCCGCGGGGGGGCGGGGCGCCGAGGGCGACGGGGACGACGGGGACGAUCUCGACGGCGACGGAUUCUUCGGAGGUCACGACGACUUCGACGACGUGGACGACUCGGACCUGGACGCGGACGUUGACUCGGACGAGGACGAGGAGGAGAACGAGGAUGGCGGGGAUGGGGCUGGUGGGGAUGGGGCUGGGCGCGGGGCUGGCGGCGGCGGCGGCGCGGAGGCGGAUCCACCCAGCUUCAGCCGCGUGGACCGCGACAGGCUGAGCGAGUUCCCGCGGUUCGCCAGGGCGCACGCUAGCGCGAGGGUGCAGACGGAGAUUCGCGCGGGCGAGGUGCUGUACCUCCCGGCGGGCUGGUUUCACGAGGUGACGUCGAAGGGGGACGGGGAGACGAACCGCCACAUGGCGCUAAACUACUGGUUUCAUCCCCCGGCGCCGGGUGGGGAGGACGCGUCGACGUACGCGUUCGAGACUCCCUACGGCAGCCGGGCCCGACAGGCGAUGUGGGAGGACGACUGGGCGAUGUGGGAGGAACUCCACCAGUCGAGCGAGGCAAAAUAG